GGGGCUCACAAGAUCACCCAGAGCAACGCCAUCCUUCGCUACAUUGCUCGCAAGCACAACCUAUGUGGGGAGACAGAAGAGGAGAAGAUUCGCAUAGACAUUUUGGAGAAUGAGGUUAUGGACACCCGCAUGGCCCUGGUGUGCCUCUGCUACAACCCUGACUUUGAGAAACUGAAGCCUGAGUACUUGGAGGCGCUCCCUGAAAAGGUGAAGCUCUUCUCACAGUUUCUGGGGAAGAGGCCUUGGUUUGCAGGGGACAAGCUCACCUAUGUGGAUUUCCUGGCCUAUGACAUCCUUGAUUAUCUGCGUAUGUUUGAGCCCAAGUGCCUGGAUGCGUUCCCAAACCUGAAGGACUUCAUAGCCUACUUUGAGGUGAUUCCUCUGAUCCUCCUCCUAUUUAUAUCUCUUCUAUCUUUCCUUUCUUCCUGA